GGGCGCGGCCCCUCGCCCGGCCCGGCUCCCCACCAUGCUGGACGGGCUGAAGAUGGAGGAGAGUUUGCAGAGCGCCCUGGACCCCGCGACCCCCUUCUCCUCCUUGCUGGGCAGAGCCGCGACCCCCAAGUCGGUGUGCGAAGGGUGUCAGCGAGUGAUUUUGGACCGGUUCUUGCUGCGCCUGAACGACAGCCUGUGGCACGAGCAGUGCGUCCAGUGCGCGUCCUGCAAGGAGCCCCUGCAGACCACCUGCUUCUACCGCGACAAGAAGCUCUACUGCAAGCUGGACUAUGAGAAGCUGUUCGCCGUGAAGUGCGCGGGCUGCCUGGAGGCCGUGGCGCCCAGCGAGCUGGUGAUGCGCGCCCAGAAGAGCGUCUACCACCUGCGCUGCUUCUGCUGCUGCGUCUGCGAGCGGCGCCUGCAGAAGGGCGACGAGUUCGUGCUCAAGGAGGGCCAGCUGCUCUGUAAGGGCGACUACGAGAAGGAGCGGGAGCUGCUGAGCUUGGUGAGCCCGGCUCUGUCGGAUUCCGGCAAAAGUGAUGAUGAGGACAGCAUCUGCAAGCUGGGCCAGGCCUCGGGGAAGGGCGCUGAGGACGGGAAGGAUCACAAACGGCCCAAGAGGCCACGCACCAUCCUGACCACGCAGCAGCGGAGGGCGUUCAAGGCAUCCUUCGAGGUCUCCUCCAAGCCCUGCAGGAAGGUGCGGGAGACGCUGGCGGCAGAGACGGGGCUGAGUGUGCGUGUGGUGCAGGUCUGGUUCCAGAACCAGCGAGCAAAGAUGAAGAAGCUUGCCAGGAGGCAGCAGCAGCAGCAGCAGGACCAGCAGAACACACAGCGCCUGAGCUCAGCCCAGACGAACGGCGGGGGCAGCGCAGGGCUGGAGGGGAUGCUGAACCCUUACACGGCCCUGGCCCCGCCCCAGCAGCUGCUGGGCAUGGAGCAGAGUGUCUACAGCUCCGACCCUUUCCGGCAAGGGCUCACCCCGCCCCAGAUGCCCGGAGACCACAUGCACCCCUACGGUGCCGAGCCCCUCUUCCACGACCUGGACAGCGACGAUACCUCACUGAGCAACCUGGGGGACUGCUUCCUCGGCACAGCAGAUGCAGGGCCGCUUCAGGCACGAGUGGGAAACCCCAUCGACCACCUGUACUCCAUGCAGAACUCCUACUUCACCUCCUGAGCGCAGCCUGGUGCCCCCAGGAGGGUCGGGAGGGAGGGAGGGGAGCGGCGCUGCCGGGAUGCCGCCAGAUAAUGUUGUAGCUUGGGAUUCCCAAGGAGCGAGUUAAGUUAUGGGUUGCAUAGUUUCAUGUUUCUCUUAGGAGCCUAGGAUUAGGGACAGGAGUGGUUUUUGCAGCUGGCUGGUAGGUUUUCAAAUUUCAAACGGGGGCACGAAUUUCUCCGUUCGGCAGGGGGAGU